AUGCCAGACGUGGUUUUUGAUAUAAUAGGUACCUGUAUUGGGUACGACGUGAUGCUGAAUGCCAUUGAAAGUAGACUGGGUAUGAAACUUCUCCACUAUCAUAUCAACAAAUAUCUUUUUUUUGAUGCGUGGGGGACCGCGUGUGAACGAGACUUUUCUUACCUCUCUCAAAUCGGAGAUUACCAGCCCACAAAGAAAAUCCUCAAGGCCACAUUUUUCAGAACUUUGCAUCACGCAGGUGUUCCUGAUCCAAAGAGCUUUGCUACAGAGGAAGAUUUAGACUACCUCUGUGCUGAAUGGCUCAAGCUCAAGGCUCGCCCGGAGUUGGCAGCAAUGUGGAAGCUGUUGAGAGACAACGGCUUUACGAUUUGGUGUCUUACGGAUGGAGACAAGGAAAGAGUCAAGGGCUAUUUCAAGAAUUCCUCAAUAGAAAUGCCAGAGGAGAAUAUCGUUUCAUGCGAUAGCUUGAAGAUUGGGAAACCAGCACCAGAGGUGUACAAAUAUAUGCUUGAAAAAAUUCCAGGAAAAGGCAAGGACGCGUGGUUUGCUGCAGCGCAUAUGUGGGACUGUCGUGCUGCUAAAAAAGCCGGUUUCUAUACGGCUUGGACAGAUGUGUACGAGAAAUAUCCUUGUGAGGAAAUAUUUGGUGAGCCUGACAUUAUCGCAGGAAGUCUUAUAGACAUGGCCGAGAAGAUUGUACAAAAAUACGAAAGCCUUUAG